AUGUACAUAGUCAAUAGUUAUUUUGCACCCAUUUGCUAUAUAGUGGUGUAUGGGUCUGGCACAUGCACCCCGCGAUUUUAUUUCCUCGUGCAACUUUGCUCGUCAAGAAUGUCAGAUCUACCACCACCAGAUUUGGGAUCUGAGGAAAUUUCGGUGUCGCCGACUUCGUCGUCGUCUUCCUUCGUUCCAAUCGACAAGAAUCAGCUCCAAGAUGCAGUCCAGGUUGUCAGCGAAGCCAAGGAAUUCAACAGCUUGAUUCUCGACUAUGUGCGCAAAGCGACGCCGGCUUCUGAAGUGAACAAUAAUUACCAUAUUGUAUCAGUUUUCGGCUCCCAAUCGACCGGAAAGUCCACGUUGUUGAAUCGCCUUUUCAACACCAACUUUGAUGUGAUGGACGAGUCGAAUCGUCUGCAGACCACAAAGGGCAUAUGGAUGGCUUAUUCCAGUAUAAUCACUACAUCGCAAGGUCCUGUGCCAAGUAAAGGGGGAGAGAACAUCUUUGUGAUGGACGUAGAGGGAACUGAUGGAAGAGAGAGAGGAGAAGAUCAGGACUUUGAGAGAAAAGCUGCUCUUUUCGCUUUGUCGACUUCAGAAGUUUUGAUCAUCAAUGUAUGGGAACAUCAAAUUGGUUUAUACCAGGGUGCCAACAUGGGACUUUUGAAGACGGUGUUUGAAGUAAACUUGUCUUUGUUUGGACGUACCAAAUUGGAGAUGAAUGAACACAAGGUGCUUUUAUUGUUUGUCAUAAGAGAUCACAUAGGUACCACCAGCAAAGAGAGCUUGGCAGCAACCGUCACUCAGGAUCUCAUUAAGAUGUGGGAUAGUUUGAGCAAGCCUCAAGAGCUCGCCCACCUCCAAUUCUCCGAUUUCUUUGAUAUACAGUUCCACACAUUGAGACACAAAAUUCUUCAACCGGGAGAAUUUACAACUGAUGUACAGCUUCUUGGUGACAGAUUUACCGAUCAUAAAAACGAAGACUUCUUGUUUAAGAAGUAUUACCAUCACGACAUACCAAUUGAUGGCUGGACAAUGUACGCUGAAAAUUGUUGGGAUCAAAUCGACAAGAACAAGGAUUUGGACUUACCUACCCAGCAGAUCCUUGUUGCCAAAUUCAAGUGUGAUGAAAUUCUCACUUCUGUUUUUGAGGAGUUCCGUUCAAAGUUUGAAGAACGCCAUGCCAAAUAUGCACCCACCGAUAUAAAGGAAGAAGUUGAUUAUGAGGAACUUGGUGGCUCCCUUGGUGACCUUAAAGAAGAUACCUUGGAAAACUACGACAUGAUGGCCUCCCGUUACAAUCAAUCUGUUUAUCUUCAAAAGAGAAAGACUUUAGAACAGAAGAUAACUGACGUUUAUCAAGACUUGGUAGACCAGCAUGGUGCCCACAUGGUGCUGAAGCUUUCAGCCAAAUUUGCGUCAUCUUUAUCAUCAAAGAAGCUUCCAAAGGAUGUUUCUUUCGCUCUUGCAACUGAAGCAUUACGCAAAGAUAUUGUACACCAGUUCCUCAAGAACUGUUCUUGUAUUACAUUAAACGGGUCCCUCGAUCAUGCCAAGCACGUCACAAGCUUCACUCGUAAGCUUGACAGUAUUCUUCUGAAGCAGAGAUUUGUUGAAUUGAACUCAAUUCUCGCAAAGAGUCUUAAAAAGGUGGAAUCCGCUGUUGCUAAGGCAAUUACCCAAGAGAUAAGUGAACCUUCCGAAUCCACAUGGGACCGUGUCCUCGAGAAAUUCAAAGGUGCACAGGAUGAAUACUUCUAUUCCAAGUAUGAGACGGCUACAGGAGUAGACUUUGGAUUAGGAACAUCUGCAUCUGUGAAUGAGCGUGCUCUCGAAAAGUUCCAAUUCAGGGCUUGGAGUCUUCUCCAUUUACAAAUGCGCAAACUUAUUUCUAAGGAUAACCUUGUUAUCAUCUUGAAAGACAGAUUUGAAGAUAAGUUUCGUUACGACGAAAAUGGUAUUCCCAGAUUGUACCAGAAUUCUCAUGAACUAGAACUCAAUUUCACGGCUGCGAAAGAGCAUGCCCUUAAAGCAUUACCUAUUCUUACAUUGGCUACGCUUUCGGAUGGAACUACAAUUGUUCCGAAAUACGAUGUUAGGGACAAGAGACUUCAAAAGAAGUUGGGAGCUGCAUUUGACACUACUGGGGAAGUAGACUUGAAGGAUGAAGAUGUCGAACUGGAUACGGACGAGGAAGAUGAAGAUGAAAAUGAACCCAAGUGUUUUGCAGAGGCAAUUUCUGAGACGGAUAAAGCGCUGGUUCUUUCCAAAUUCAAAAAGGAAACCGAUGCUACGUUUGUUGAAUCCAAACGUGCUCUCAUACAACAUGUCACCCACAUUCCAUAUUACAUCUACAUUGUGAUACUUGUGCUUGGGUGGAAUGAGUUCAUGGCGGUAUUGAGAAAUCCAUUCUUUUUCACAUUACUUUUGAUGUUGGGAGCUGGAACCUAUGUUUUGUACCAUUUGAACCUUUUAAAACCUGCUAUGGUUGUGGUGCAACGGAUGUUUGAUGAAUGUCUAGUUAUCGCCAAACAGAAACUCAAAGAGUUCAUAGAUGAGCAACCUCAAGAGCAUGCCAAGAGAUUGUCGAAAAUGGCCGGGAUCACCGAAGAUAAACCAGAAGAAAUUGAGAUGCUGGAUCUAACCCCACCAGGUGAAGGGUCGUAA